AUGCGGUUGUGGUGUUCUACACAGCAUGCAUCACGUUAUAUGUAUGUGUUGCGUAGAGAUCUAAUUUCUACACGCAAUCUCAGACACUCUCCACACACCGCGCUGUGGCAACUACGCCGAAUGUCCAUUAGUCAUUCCUCUAUGUUAGAUGCAGAGAAUGGGGCUGUCAUGAAUAACAAUCAUAAUAGUGCCACAUCUCCGCCAGAUGAUUCACCUUCAGUUGAGGUAAAUCUAUCACACUCAAUAAUGUCAUCAUCGUUAUCUAAGGCGGUAGAUUCUAAAGAAAAAAAUAAGAGUAAUGAUAAUAAUAUAGCUACAGAUUCAUGGGACCUUAAUUGGAUGCUUUUUUCACUUAAAGAUAACCGUACAGGUGUAAUAUCAUGCCCAGAUGCAGAGGAUCGUCUGCGUGGCAUGGUGUUAUUAGAUGCAUGGAUGAUUGAGAAAAUGUUUCUCAAGAGUGGUUGGUUGAAUCAAUUGCAGAAAAAUGGGGAGUCAGCACCACAGUACCGCUCUGUGGUGGGUGAAUAUAAAGUCUUGCGUUACUUACUACAUCGUUUCUUAUCAGAUGAAACCCUCUGGUGUGAUGAAUUACAAGAACUCUUGCAAAUUAUUCUAGAAAGAGGAAUGAAAUAUCAACAUAAUGCUAUUUAUAGUACAGAUUCAAACAUGGUAUCUUCUUAUUCUUGCAAAGGUGAUGAUAGUAUGGUGUCUAUUAAAGUUCCACAAUCACUCCGUUCUGGACCAGAGAAUAUGAAUUUUUAUAGUGAAGGUUUACAGAGAGUAUUAUGGAAAUUUCUACAAUUACGAGAAUCUUCCCUUGAUACACCAGAUGCUGUAUGGUGUGCAUUUGUAGCAACUCAUCGUAAUGCUUUAUUUUUACCAUCUCCACAGCGACCACCAUUUGAUCAUUGUGAACAGGUUCCUUAUCUUAGUGAAACGGAGUUUGUGGAUGUUCUGCAUGAAGAGGAAGAAGAAGGACCAAUAGUAAAUGAGGCGUUGGAGCAUACAGAGACGUUAAUGCAAGGUGUGACGUUGAAUUGGCCCUCCGAGUGGAAAUUGGAAAAUGAUACACCGAAUGGUCAUACAAACUAUAGUGUUGAGGGAACACAAAAAGUGGGAAAUGAACAACAACGUCAUCAAUACCAGCACGAUGCCUUCUAUAUGAAUUUGGUGGAACCAAAUGAGUUAGACUUCUAUGAUGAUAGUAGUGUAAGGAAUACUCCUACUGAUACGACAUCUCUUGUUUCUCAAAAUGUGGAUGAGUCACAACAAGAAGAAGAGAAAGAAAAAGAGAAACAUGUAAGUGGUUGGCAUUCUUCUAGACUAGCUGAGCGUGGUCUUCUUAAUCCAGUGAACGGUGAGUUAGAAGAUCUUCACCUCACACAUCUGUGGGACGUUUUUCAGGGGAAUAAAAUGGAGGAUAUUAUCGAUUUAUACCGUGGUGUGUGUGGAAAAUUAGAAACACUUCAAGAAGAGGUAUUCUUGGAUAGUCUGGCGAGAAAAGGACUACUCUUGCUUUUCUUUGCCCGUGAUGAAGUGAGAGCAUUAACACCGCCAUCAGUGACAUAUCAACGACUAAGAUAUCUACACAAUGAGUUGAAUAUGUUAGUUUCAUGGUACUAUCCAUAUAAUGGCAGUAAUGAAUUGAAGUCACCUCACUCCUUUGAGGAACUAUCGCACACAUCACAACUUUCAUUUAGCUGUUUUGCUCAUCUGCACACACCAUUGCAGCGGGAUAUGUACCGAAUUUCCAGUCCAGCAACAUCCCCGGCACAGCUUUAUCACCACUACUGUACCUUGUAUUCACAAGAUGGUGAAAAGGGGAAACUUUACACAAAACAAGAUACAGCAAACGAAGUGAAGAUAACAAAGGGUGAUGCUCUUGAAUCACACGAUACGGUGACAAUGGGAAGAUUUCCAAUGUUUGAAUUACUUAGCGAAUUCCAGCAAAUGGCGUUCCAGUACCCCUUUGGAGAGACAUUUCAUUCUAGAGUUCAAACGGAACCAGUUUUAGAUUCGACUCUUUCUCAAUCAGCGGAAAGUACACCAAAAAAUAGUUUUAAGGAGGAAACUCUCGUUUGCGACAACAGAGAGUCUUCUGUUGUGGUUAAAAAACGACUUGGUCGUCCAAAGAAAGAUGUUGGGGAUUCCAGCGCUGAUGAGACUCAAGAACCGGUUGUUGAGGCUAAAAAACGACUUGGUCGUCCAAAGAAAGAUGUUGAGGAUUCCGGCGCUGAUGAGACUCAAGAACCGGUUGUUGAGGCUAAAAAACGACUUGGUCGUCCA